CCCCGUCUUCAAUAUGGCGGCACCCAGGGGCACAAGCCGCACGUGAUGAAGUCCGAGCCCCGGGCAAUCGGAGAGUGCAUGCAAGUGUGUGAGCCAGUUUACCUCUGUACCGUCUGUUGCAUCCCUUCCACCCCCCAACUAGGUCCUCGCGGCCCCCUGCCUCUCUGCAGCCAUGAAGACAAAGCCCGUUUCCCACAAGACCGAAAACACGUACCGGUUCCUUACAUUUGCUGAACGACUGGGGAAUGUGAAUAUUGAUAUUAUUCACCGGAUUGAUAGAACUGCAAGCUAUGAUGAGGAAGUCGAAACCUACUUUUUUGAGGGUCUGCUGAAAUGGAGAGAAUUGAACCUUACAGAACACUUUGGCAAAUUUUACAAAGAAGUUAUUGACAAAUGCCAAUCCUUCAAUCAGUUGGUCUAUCAUCAAAAUGAGAUAGUUCAGAGUCUGAAGACUCACCUGCAAAUCAAGAACAGUUUUGCCUAUCAGCCCCUUUUGGAUUUGGUUGUACAGUUGGCACGAGAUCUGCAGACGGACUUCUACCCACAUUUUCAGGAAUUUUUCCUGACUAUCACCUCAAUCCUGGAGACUCAGGACACAGAGUUACUAGAAUGGGCUUUCACCUCACUGUCCUAUCUUUACAAGUACCUGUGGAGACUAAUGGUGAAGGACAUGUCCAAUAUAUACAGCAUGUAUAGUACACUCCUGGCUCAUAAAAAACUACAUAUAAGAAAUUUUGCUGCUGAAAGUUUUACUUUUUUGAUGAGAAAGGUUUCUGAUAAAAAUGCACUUUUCAAUAUAAUGUUUCUUGAUCUUGAUGAACAUCCGGAAAAGGUAGAAGGAGUUGGACAGUUGCUCUUUGAAAUGUGCAAAGGAGUUAGAAACAUGUUUCAUUCCUGUACAGGGAAGGCAGUGAAGCUAAUUUUACAAAAACUAGGACCAGUUACUGAAACAGAAACUCAACUACCAUGGAUUUUAGUUGGAGAAACACUCAAAAACAUGGUCAAAUCUACUGCAUCCUACAUCUACAAGGAACAUUUUGGUACAUUUUUUGAAUGUUUGCAAGAAUCACUCUUAGAUCUACAUACAAAAGUAACCACAACUAACUGUGGGGAAAGUUCUGAACAGAUAAGAAGGUUGUUAGAAACAUAUCUGAUACUUGUGAAACAUGGGAACGGAUCAAAGAUAAUCAAACCUAUCGAUGUUUGUAAGGUAUUAUCUCAAACAUUACAAAUAGCCAAUCUUUCUACAGCUUGCCGGGAGACCCUCUUGGCUGUAAUUUCUGCUUUGAUCCUGGGUGAAAAUGUUCCCUUGCCAGAGACUCUUAUCAAAGAAACCAUACAAAAAAUUUUUGAGAGCAGAUUUGAAAGACGUUUAAUUUUGGAUUUUUCUGAAGUUAUGUUUGUUAUGAAGCAGUUUGAGCAGCUUUUCCUACCAAGCUUUCUCUUGUAUAUUGAAAAUUGCUUCUUGAUUGAUGAGGCUGCUGUCAAAGAUGAAGCUCUGGCCAUUUUGGCCAAGCUCAUUCUGAACAAAGCAGCACCUCCCACUGCUGGCUCGAUGGCAAUUGAGAAGUACCCCCUGGUCUUUUCACAACAGACAGUGGGAUCCUAUUUAAGGCAGAAGAAGACCAGAUCCAAGGGAGGAAAAGAACAGAUCCCAGUAUUGGACCACCUCUUAUCUAUAAUUCAGCUACCCCCAAAUAAAGAUGCUACUUACCUUUCACAUUCUUGGGCAGCCCUUGUCGUGUUACCUCAUAUUAGACCUCUUGAGAAAGAUAAGGUGAUACCACUAGUCACAUGCUUCAUAGAGUCACUCUUCGUGAAUGUUGACAGAGGCAGCUUUUCAAAAGGAAACUUAUUUGUUCUUUGUCAAGCUGUAAAUACUCUGCUAAGUUUGGAAGAAUCUUCUGAACUUCUUCAUUUGGUUCCUGUGGAACGUGUGAAGAAUUUAGUAUUAACAUUUCCUUUGGAGCCAUCUGUGUUGCUGUUAGCCGAUCUCUAUUAUCAGAGAUUAUCCUUAUGUGGCUGCAAAGGGCCACUUUCUGAGGAAGCUUUAAUGGAAUUAUUUCCCAAGUUACAAGCAAACAUUUCAACUGGUAUAUCCAAGAUUCGGCUUUUGACAAUAAGGAUCCUAAACCAUUUUGAGCUUCGACUUCCAGAAUUGAUGGAGGAUGAUGGGCUCUCAGAGCGUCAGUCUGCCUUUGCUAUAUUACGCCAGGCGGAACUUGUCCCAGCAACUGUGAGCGAUUACAGAGAGAAGCUUCUUCAUUUGAGAAAACUAAGACAUGAUGUGGUACAGGCUGCAGUCCCUGAUGGGCCGUUACAGGAGGUGCCACUUCGUUAUUUAUUAGGCAUGUUAUAUGUUAACUUCAGUGCCCUCUGGGAUCCUGUCAUUGAACUCAUAAGUUCUCAUGCACACGAAAUGGAAAAUAAGCAAUUUUGGAAAGUUUACUAUGAACAUCUAGAAAAAGCAGCUGUACACGCUGAGAAAGAGCUGCAAAAUGAUGUCAGAGACGAGGAGUCCAUUGGAGAUGAAAGUUGGGAGCAGACUCAGGAAGGAGAUGUUGGAGUUCUUUAUCAUGAGCAGUUAACAUUGAAAACUGACUGUCAGGAAAGACUGGACCACACCAACUUUCGUUUUUUGCUCUGGCGAGCUCUGGCAAAAUUCCCAGAGAGGGUAGAACCACGGUCCAGGGAGCUCUCCCCACUUUUCCUGAGAUUUAUCAACAAUGAGUAUUACCCGGCAGACCUGCAAGUCGCUCCAACCCAGGAUCUGCGAAGGAAAGCCAAAGGGGAGGCAGCAGAGGAAGUAGAAGAGGAACCUGCUGCAGGAGAUGCUGAAGAGCUGGAGGAAGAAGUGGUGCCCAUGGACGAACCCUCACAGAAGAAAAAGACAAGAAGAGCUGCAGCAAAGCAGUUAAUUGCUCAUUUGCAAGUUUUCUCUAAGUUUUCAAAUCCACGAGCCUUAUAUCUGGAGUCUAAAUUAUAUGAGCUGUAUCUUCAGUUGUUGCUACAUCAAGAUCAAAUGGUGCAAAAAAUAACCCUGGAUUGUAUAAUGACAUACAGACAUCCACAUAUCCUCCCUUACAGGGAAAACUUACAAAGAUUGCUUGAAGACAGAAGCUUUAAGGAAGAGAUAGUGCAUUUUAGCAUUUCUGAAGAUAAUUCAGUAGUGAAAACAGCCCACCGAGCAGAUCUGUUUCCUAUUCUGAUGAGAAUUUUGUAUGGCCGAAUGAAGAAUAAGACUGGCAGUAAAACUCAGGGGAAAGCCGCUUCAGGCACCCGCAUGUCCAUUGUCCUGAGGUUCCUCGCUGGGACCCAACCGGAGGAGAUCCAGAUAUUCUUAGACCUGCUAUUUGAACCUGUGAAGCACUUCAAGAAUGGAGAAUGUCAUUCUGCAGUCAUUCAAGCAGUAGAAGAUUUGGAUUUGUCUAAAGUUCUUCCUUUAGGUCGUCAGCAUGGUAUCUUAAAUAGCCUUGAAAUAGUAUUGAAGAACAUCAGUCAUCUGAUCAGUGCAUACUUACCAAAGAUUUUGCAGAUAUUGCUGUGCAUGACAGCGACUGCAUCGCACAUCCUUGACCAGCGAGAAAAGAUACACCUCAGGUUUAUUAACCCACUGAAAAAUUUAAGACGUCUUGGAAUCAAAAUGGUAACUGACAUCUUUCUGGAUUGGGAGUCUUACCAAUUCAGAACUGAAGAAAUUGAUGCUGUAUUUCAUGGUGCAGUUUGGCCCCAGAUCAGAAGGCUUGGAUCUGAGAGUCAGUAUUCUCCUACUCCUCUGCUGAAACUAAUUAGUAUCUGGAGCAGAAAUGCAAGAUAUUUCCCUUUCCUGGCUAAACAGAAACCUGGGUACCCAGAGUGUGAUAUUCUGACCAACGUUUUUGCAAUUCUCUCAGCAAAGAAUCUCUCUGAAGCCACAGCCACUAUUGUGAUGGAUAUAGCUGAUGACCUUCUUAACCUUCCAGAUUUUGAACCCACAGAAACACUUUUGAGCUUGCCAGUAACUGGAUGUGUAUACACAGAAAGUGCAGAUGAGUCUGUCACGUUGGGAGGACAGUUAAUUCUACCUCAUGUUCCUGCAAUUCUCCAGUAUUUCAGCAAAACCACAAUAAGUGCAGAAAAGGUGAAAAAGAAGAAGAAUAGGGCACAAGUCAGUAAGGAACUUGGCAUUCUGUCAAAGAUCAGCAAGUUCAUCAGAGACAAAGAACAAAGUUCUCUACUCAUUACACUUCUUCUUCCUUUCCUUCACCGUGGCAAUAUUGCUCAGGAUACAGAGGUUGAUAUUUUGGUGACAGUACAAAACCUGUUGAAACAUUGUCUGGAGCCUACAAGCUUCCUCAAGCCUCUAGCAAAACUCUUUUCGGUUAUUAAAAAUAAGUUGUCAAGACAAUUGCUUUGUACAGUUUUCCAGACUCUUUCUGAUUUUGAGAGUGGAUUAAAAUAUAUUACUGAUAUUGUCAAGCUUAACGCCUUUGAUCAAAGACAUCUUGAUGAUAUCAACUUUGAUGUUCGCUUCUCAACAUUCCAGACCAUCAUUUCUUAUAUUAAAGAGAUGCAAACUGUGGAUGUUAACUACCUAAUUCCAGUUAUGCAUAAUUGUUUCUAUAAUAUGGAGUUAGGAGACAUGUCUUUAAGUGAUAAUGCCAGCAUGUGCCUGAUGAGUAUCAUCAAAAAACUAGCUGCUCUGAACGUCACAGAAAAAGAAUAUAGGGAAAUCAUUCAUCGUUCACUCCUGGAGAAGUUGAGGAAAGGAUUGAAGAGCCAGACAGAGAAUAUACAACAGGAUUAUACCACAGUGCUUUCCUGUUUAGUUCAAACCUUUCCAGAUCAACCAGAAUUUAAAGACUUGGUACAGCUUACUGAUUGCCAUGAUCCAGAAAUGGACUUCUUUGAGAAUAUGAAGCACAUUCAGAUCCACAGAAGAGCAAGAGCCUUGAAGAAACUGGCAAAACAACUAAUGGAAGGCAAAGUUGUGCUUUCUUCUAAAGCUCUUCAGAAUUACAUCAUGCCUUAUGCCAUGACUCCAAUUUUUGAUGAGAAAAUGCUCAAGCAUGAAAAUAUAACCAUUGCUGCCACAGAAGUUAUUGGAGCUAUUUGCAGACAUCUCUCUUGGUCAGCAUAUAUCUAUUACUUGAAACAUUUCAUUCAUGUUUUACAGACAGGACAGAUCAAUCAAAAGCUGGGUGUCAGUUUGCUAGUAAUAGUGUUAGAAGCAUUCCACUUUGACCACAAAACUCUUGAAGAACAAGUGAGAAAAAUCCAGAAUGAUGAAAACACAAUAGAAGUGAUUGAGUUGCCCGAGCAUGAAACCAUGGAAUUAGAGCAAAUGGAUGAGGAAGAGAAGGAAAACAAAUGUAAGAGUUUGUCAGACAAUAGCCAAGAAUUGGGAAAUCCUGAUCCAGCUGAUUGUGAAGGGACAUCAGCUAGAGAACCUGAGUGUAUCACGGAGUCCAUCUCUUUCCUUCCUCGGAAUAAGGAAGAAUUGGAGAGAACAAUUAAAAAUAUCCAAGGAACCAUAACUGGGGAUAUCCUUCCCCGGCUACAUAAAUGCCUGGCAUCUACGACUAAAAGGGAAGAAGAACACAAGCUCAUAAAAUCCAAAGUUGUGAAUGAUGAGGAAGUAGUUCGCGUUCCUUUAGCUUUUGCCAUGGUUAAACUAAUGCAGUCCCUUCCACAAGAAGUUAUGGAAGCUAAUCUGCCAAGUAUUUUGUUGAAAGUGUGUGCCCUCCUCAAGAACAGAACACAGGAAAUCAGAGACAUUGCACGCAGCACUCUAGCAAAAAUAAUAGAAGAUCUAGGUGUGCACUACCUACAGUAUAUUUUAAAAGAGUUACAGACUACCCUUGUCCGUGGAUAUCAGGUCCAUGUGCUAACUUUCACUGUUUACAUGUUGCUGCAAGGCCUCACCAACAAGCUACAAGUUGGGGAUUUGGACUCUUGUUUAGAUAUAAUGAUAGAGAUUUUUAACCAUGAGUUGUUUGGUGCCAUUGCUGAAGAGAAGGAAGUGAAGCAGAUCCUCUCCAAGGUCAUGGAGGCACGAAGAAGCAAAAGUUACGAUUCUUAUGAAAUCCUGGGCAAGUUUAUAGGAAAAGAUCAGGUUACAAAACUUAUCCUUCCAUUAAAAGAGAUCUUACAAAAUACCACAAGUUUAAAACUGGCCCGGAAAGUUCAUGAAACCUUGCGCCGAAUCAUAGCAGGAUUAAUUGUAAAUCAGGAAAUGACUGCAGAAUCCAUUCUAUUGCUCAGUUAUGGUUUGGUCAGUGAAAAUCUCCCCCUGUUAACAGAAAAAGAAAAAAAUCCAGGAGCCCAUGCACUAGAUCCACGUCUCCCACCCGAGAGCUGUCUUCUGCUCCCCCCAACUCCAGUUCGAGGUGGGCAGAAAGCUGCUGUGAGCAGGAAAACCAACAUGCACAUAUUUAUUGAGUCCGGGCUUCGGCUGCUACAUCUGAGUCUGAAGACUUCCAAGAUCAAGUCUUCAAGUGAACCUAUUCUGGAAAUGUUGGAUCCUUUUGUCUCUCUCCUCAUAGAUUGCCUGGUUUCCAUGGAUGUGAAGGUGAUCACAGGUGCUUUACAAUGCCUGAUCUGGGUCUUGAGGUUCCCUCUGCCUUCCAUAGAAACAAAAGCAGAACAGCUGACCAAACACCUUUUCCUUUUGCUGAAGGACUAUGCAAAACUUGGAGCUGCCAGGGGCCAGAACUUCCACCUGGUGGUAAAUUGUUUCAAGUGUGUGACCAUACUUGUGAAGAAAGUGAAGUCUUACCAGAUAACCGAGAAGCAGCUUCAAGUUCUACUAGCAUAUGCUGAGGAAGACAUUUAUGAUACUUCAAGACAGGCUACUGCAUUCGGUCUUCUGAAGGCCAUUUUAUCAAGAAAGUUGUUGGUCCCGGAAAUCGAUGAUGUCAUGCGGAAAGUAUCUAAGUUGGCAAUUUCUGCACAAAGCGAACCUGUCAGAGUCCAGUGCAGACAGGUUUUUCUGAAAUAUAUUCUUGACUAUCCCCUGGGUGACAAAUUGAGACCAAACUUGGAAUUCAUGCUUGCUCAACUGAAUUACGAACAUGAGACUGGGAGAGAGUCUGCGCUGGAAAUGAUCUCCUAUCUCUUUGACACAUUCCCUCAGGGACUGCUCCAUGAGAACUGCGGAAUGUUCUUUAUUCCUCUUUGUCUAAUGAUGGUGAAUGAUGACUCUGCCAUGUGUAAAAAGAUGGCAUCCAUGACAAUCAAAUCUUUACUCAGUAAAAUCAACCUUGAGAAAAAAGAUUGGCUCUUUGAAAUGGUUACCACCUGGUUUGGAGCAAAAAAGAGCUUAAAUAGACAACUGGCUGCCCUCAUCUGUGGCUUGUUUGUGGAAAGUGAAGGAGUCUCUUUUGAGAGAAGACUUGGAACUGUUCUUCCUGUGAUUGAAAAGGAAAUUGAUCCCGAAAACUUUAAAGAUAUCAUGGAAGAGACUGAAGAAAAAGCUGCAGAUCGCCUUCUGUUUAGUUUUCUUACACUGAUUAGUAAACUCAUCAAGGAAUGUAAUAUUAUUCAGUUUACCAAGCCCUCUGAGACGUUGAAUAAAAUCUGGAGUUAUGUGCACUGUCACCUGAGACAUCCACACAGCUGGGUGUGGCUCACUGCAGCCCAGAUUUUUGGAUUACUCUUUGCCUCUUGCCAACCAGAGGAACUUAUUAGAAGACAGAAGGCCAAAAAAACUAAAAAGAAACUCUCAGUACCUGUAGCAAUAAGGUUCCUAACAAAUGACCUUGAACAAAAGAUGAAAAGUAUCUCCCUAGCCUCUUGCCAUCAAUUGCAUUCCAAAUUCUUAGAUCAGUCCCUAGGAGAGCAGGUUGUUAAGAAUUUGUUAUUUGUAGCCAAAGUCUUGUAUUUACUGGAACCUGAAUCUGAGGAUAAGCAAGGGAAGAUAAAAGAAGACAUGGAAGAAGAAGAAGCUUUAGGAGAUGGUGUGGCCAGAGGGGAAGUGAAAGAACACAAGUCCUGUGCAGAUGUGAAGAUGGACCCUGACAAAGAAGAGAACGAGGAGGCAAAGGAAGAACACAGCAAGCCAGCCACGCUGCUGUGGCUGAUCCAGAAGUUGUCCCGGAUCGCAAAACUGGAGGCUGCCUAUUCACCUAGAAACCCCUUAAAGAGAUCGUGCAUCUUUAAGUUUCUCGGAGCUGUAGCAUUGGAUCUUGGAAUAGACAAGGUGAAGCCGUAUCUCCCAGUGAUCAUAGCUCCUUUGUUCCGAGAAAUGAACAGCACCUACUCGGACCAGGAUCCUAUGCUGAAGAAUCUAUCCCUGGAAAUCAUAGAAUUACUCAAAAAGCUGGUUGGACUUGAGAGCUUCUCCUUAGCCUUUGCCUCAGUACAGAAACAGGCUAAUGAGAAAAGGGCACUCCGGAAAAAGAGGAAGGCUUUAGAGUUCGUAACUAAUCCUGAUAUUGCUGCCAAGAAAAAGCUGAAGAAACACAAAAAUAAAAGUGAAGCAAAGAAGAGAAAGAUAGAGUUCCUGCGUCCAGGCUAUAAGACCAAGAGACAAAAGAGCCACAGCCUGAAAGAUUUAGCAAUAGUGGAGUAAUAUGCUCCCUCUGCUGAUAAAGUAUCACAAUUUACCCCAAAGCAUGAACUUCUCCAUGUAUCUGCUGGUCUGAAAUCACAGCAGGUUUUAUUAUUUAAGUUAAACUGGCACAGAUUGUAUAUUACACAGUUUAAUCAUGCUUAUAUUUUUUAAAUUAAAACAUUUUCAUA